AUGCAAAAUAUCCUGGUUCUGUAUCUACCUCAAUACGGACAAUCGGGGCCCGACUCGACGGCGCUAGGCAGGUUCGCGGCAUGCGCCUGCAACGCGACCAAUACCCUGCGCUUCGUCGCCACGCGCAGGCGCCCGCGCCUGGCGAAAACAAAGCGAGGGCGCCGGGACCAUCCGGGUAAACCUCACCCGACCGGGGGUUUACUUCACGCCAUCGCCCGCCGCCCCAUAUGUAAACUUCGACCCGCCACGUGA